AUGGUUUACUACGCCUACGCAAAGAACAGCAAUGACGAUUGGUCAUGGCGCUACCUGAUCAUCGCACCUUCUUAUGAUGUCCUCAACCAGUGGUACGAGGCUGUCCGCGGCCGUGUUGCCGAAAAUGUUCUCUGGCGUGUCUCCGAAGAUUUCUACGUGUUCGACCGAAACAAGUUGAACCUUGGAAGAAGCACCAUGGCUGGUGCUGAAGCUCCUCAAUUCAUGAACAAGCUUAUUUUCCAACUGCAAAAUGACAACGAGGGCCGAGGCAUCUCCACCUUCAACAACUCUUGGAACCGUUAA